UUAAUGAUUUCAGUGAAUGUUGCAUGACCAUAAAAUGAAACUGUAAUCACCGUGCAUGUUGUGAGGGUUCUCUCUCUCUCUCUCUCUCUCUCUCUCUCUCUCUCUCUCUUUCUCUCUCCCUUUCUCUUUGCCUCAGUGGACUUACAUCUUCCACAAACCUCACUGUGGCGUUCCAAGUGCAUUUAUGGACAUUGCUACACUCUGGUGAAGUCUUGACAAAUAACUGUAUUUAACUAUACGGUUACAAACUACGCACCAAAAUGGAGUUUGCUAUGGUAGGAGCAGACAGCAGCGGGUGCAACCCCCACCUGCCGUACGGAUAUGCCCAAGCUCGCGCCAGAGAGAGAGAGCGCGAGCGAGAGAGACAUUCACGCGCGGCGGCGGCAGCUGCAGCGUCCGAGGCCGGGGCAGCCGGUGACGGAGGUGGCGGAGGUGGCUCGUGCACCCACCCGUACAGUCAGCCAUAUCAGACUCGCACCGCCUCCUCUACUAGUGCCAACCAUGGGAGCGGAGGGACUGCCUCGCGCCCCUCCUCCUCCUCCUCCACUCAGCAGGCGCAACAGCAGUACGAGCCACAGCAGCAACUUCUGAGAGAGCGCAAAAAGCAGAGAGGAGUCGCGCGCUGGAGGCGGCACCGCGCGGCUCUCGGAGGGGACCUGCGCCACUCUGAGUUGGCGCUUCUCGGGUCCGAGGAGGACGUUAUGAUAGAAGAGGACGAGGAGGCCGAGGGCGACGAAGAAGACGACGACGGGGGAAGCAAGAGAUCGAGUUUUAUCUAUAACAUGGACGACGAAGAGACAGCGUCUCUCACGGACAGACGUCCACAGUCCGGAUACGAGAACGUUUACAGCGAGUACGGCUGCUGUGAGAGAGUGGUGAUCAACGUGUCAGGUCUUAAGUUUGAAACUCAGCUCAAGACUCUUGCCCAGUUUCCCGACACGCUCUUAGGGGACCCCGCUAAACGGAUCAGGUACUUCGACCCACUGCGCAACGAGUACUUUUUUGACAGGAAUCGACCGAGUUUCGAUGCUAUUCUGUAUUUCUAUCAGUCAGGAGGACGGUUAAAGAGACCCGUUAAUGUACCCUUUGACAUCUUUUCCGAGGAGGUCAAGUUCUACGAACUUGGCGAAGAGGCCAUGAUGAAGUUCCGCGAGGACGAGGGCUUCGUCAAAGAGGAGGAAAAACCGUUGCCAGAGGACGAAUUCAAGCGGCAGAUUUGGCUCUUGUUUGAGUAUCCCGAGAGCUCGAGCCCUGCCAGAGGCAUCGCCGUGGUGUCCAUUUUGGUUAUCGUCAUAUCAAUAGUUAUUUUCUGUUUGGAAACGUUACCAGAAUUCAGGGACGACAAAGAUUUCCUUAGCCCAGGUAAAAACGUGACGCAUACAGACAACGGAUUUACGCCCUUCAACGACCCGUUUUUCAUUGUGGAGACCGUAUGCAUAAUCUGGUUCUCAUUUGAGAUCAGUGUGCGCUUUUUUGCCAGUCCGAGCAAAGCCUCUUUCUUCAAAAACAUCAUGAACUCUAUAGACAUUGUCUCCAUUUUGCCUUAUUUCAUAACUCUGGGCACGGACCUCGCGCAACAGCAAGGCAACGGGCAGCAGGCCAUGAGCUUUGCCAUCCUGAGAAUAAUCCGACUUGUAAGGGUUUUCCGGAUCUUCAAGCUCUCCCGACACUCCAAAGGACUCCAAAUUCUCGGGCACACGUUGCGCGCGAGCAUGCGCGAGUUGGCGCUGCUCAUUUUCUUUCUUGUUAUUGGGGUGGUGCUGUUCUCCAGCGCCGUGUACUUCGCUGAGGCGGACGAGCCCAAGUCACAGUUCACGAGCAUCCCGGACGCCUUCUGGUGGGCCGUCGUUACCAUGACGACUGUAGGCUAUGGAGACAUGAAACCCAUAACAGUCGGCGGGAAGAUAGUGGGCUCGCUGUGCGCCAUCGCCGGCGUCCUCACCAUCGCGCUCCCGGUGCCCGUCAUCGUCUCCAACUUUAAUUACUUCUACCACAGGGAGACUGAUAAUGAGGACCAGGCUCCUGCGGUCGAGUACCCACCUCCGGGAUGCCCGUAUUUCCCGGACUUCCUGAAAAAGUUCAAAGGAUCUACAUCCGGGUCCUCACUGGGCGACAAAGCCGCUGAGUACAUGGAGAUGGAAGAAGGCGUCACGGAGUCACUUUGCGGCAUAGACAAGCAGAGUCCGAGUAGAGGGAACGGCACGGACAUUGGCAGGAGAAACAGUACACAUUCAAGAAGCAUACAGACAGAUGUAUGAUUAUAAAUAUCACUCUGAUGACUUUCUGUGGAGGGUUUCUUGAAGAUGAUUGCACAAUUCACUUAUCAGCACACAUGCACGCCCAAGUGCGCAAGUUGCGCGCUAGGACGCACACCCCCACACAAACAGACGCGCGUUUUAACAGACAUGCACAACAAAGCACGCACGCACGCACGCAGGCACACGUUUAAUUUCUUAUGGACCUAGGCUGAAACAUUCUUUGCAAUGUGGCUACUUUUCUAGUGAAACACACCCUGUAAUCGAAUAACAGGCGACGCAAAAAUCACCAGCUUUAUGUAACACGGGGAGGUGUGAGUUCUGGCCCAUCUACACUGUAGGCAGAAUUUCCCGAUUUAAAAGAACGGAACAAACAACAAGUAUUUUUGCAUAGGCACUUUAUAAGUUACAUUUGUCAGAAGACGUAAAUGUUAGAACAGGAAGCGAGCUGUUAACGUAAGGUUGUUAUGCAAUAAAGUUUCAAUCAUUUGCACUAUCAUUAAAUAUGUUCUAUUCUCAAAACCAGAUUAAACCAGAGAUUACCAGACACACGUCUUGGUGUGUGUGUGUGUGUGUGUGAGUGAGAGAGAGAGAGAGAGAGAGAGAGAGAGAGAGAGAGAGAGAGUUUAAUAACUAUUUAGUUGUUACGAAGUACAUGCACAGUUAAAUAAUGUCUCAUAUUGUAUGAAAACUCGGCAAAUUAGUUUGACAGUAGCACGAUGCCACAAUAAACUGCCCUCUGGUAAAACGUAAUUUAGCCACUACAUUAAAGUCAGAGGCACUGAAUUAUUUUAGGAGCGUUAAACAAAUCAGUCAUCUGGACAUUUUAAACAUUUUACCACAAUUCUAGGAUCAACACCUAAGUGUAGAUGUCACCCCUUAGAUAGAACUAUAGGCCAAAAUACCGGUAUUGCAUCUCAAAACAAAGAUCAUGCACAAGUGUCUUUGACGCCAUGGCUGAGAAGGGACAGUCCUGUCACUUGGGUCAUAGUGCUGCCACGGGAACACGUUUUUAUUUUAGAAGGGAAUGCUUCAUGCAACUGUUUACUUUGCGUCCCUUUAACCAAAAUGACAAUGCAUCCCUUUACAAGGACGCCGACGGGGGAAAACAACAACAACAACAACAACAACAACAACAACAGCUCUCGUGGAAACAUGAACUGGCGCUCCGCACUUGUGCUUUGGUGGACUUUAUGCACAAAAUAAUCACCUCUGGAUGGAAAACCAGUCUUCCUGGAGCGCGCAGGGACCACACGGUCACACCGGAGCGCCUCAUUGUGCAAGGUUGAUGUUGUCCUUGGUGAAGACUUGGUGCCAGUCACACACUAAAACUGACAGACAGACAGACAGAGACACACACACACACACACACACACACACACACACACACACACCUCCAAGGUCUUCUAAAGAACUAUUUAGAUGGGAUAAUAUUUCCAGACAUAUGUCUGUUAACUAAUGUUGCCGGGGGAUGUAUGUAGUAAUUAUAAUCAAUUCGCAUGGGAUAAGUGAUCUCUGAUCAGAUCACAGAGAUGUGAGUGUUUCCACAAUGUACAUAUCGUCAUCACACUCAAUUCCAUGCAUACUAAAUAAACCUCACUUUAAUAAAAACUACUUGUUUUGAACUUUUGUUAUAAGCGCUUGUUGUAGGGCUUUGACAGUUUCUUUUGACCUUCAGGUCACAUGUCCAUAACAUGACAGUAGGCUGUACUUGAGCUGUGAACUCGAGCUUACAGAAAAACCCACAAAAAAAGUUACUUCUCUGACAAAUCUUUUUAAACAUUAUUUAUAUUUUAUUGUUGUUUAAGCCUGGUUAAAAUGUGGUCGGUACCUUGCAUCCUGGAGGGUGUUCAUACUGAAGAAAAAGUGCAAAACCUCUUUUCACACAGGAUAUAAUGGAAUCUAAAACAACAUUGCAUGUUCAUUCAGACAGUAUAUAUCUGCUGGAUAUUACGUGUGGUUAUUUCUACUUGUCAUUUUAUAGAAAGUAGACUAUGGCUUAAUCUUUCAGACAUAUGAAUGGGCAGUCUGAAAAAUUCAGUAAAAAUUGUUAAAAAGUCUGUAAAAAUUUUUGCUUCACAUUGCGUGUAUCUGAUGCUUAAUGCCCAGAGCCAUGGGCAGUGUUGCAGGGCCAGAUGGUCCUGACCCAUCUGAUGAGAGUCCUGAACUCAGCCUUACACACAGGGAUGCCCCUUUGGUCCCUGACUCUAUGCUGGAAAGGAACACAUUAAGUCUGCCUUUUUGAUGCACAUCAAACAUGAUGAAGGGCAGGACUCGAUUCAAUUCAAUUCAAUUCAGUUUUAUUUGUAUAGCGCUUUUAACAACGGACAAUGUCUCAAAGCAGCUUUAUGAAAUCAAAAGGACACUGCUGUUGCAUGUUUGCCUGGUCAACCUCUGUGGAGUGACAUCCAAACGAGAAACAAAAAGCUCCCGGAGCCUUGCGUGCUUCCCCAUGUCUUCUUGCAUACACAAAAAGGCAGUGCGUGACAAGAAACAUUUUUUAAUGUCAGUAUAUCACGAAAGCCAACCUCCAGCAACUGACCUGUCGCUCUAUUUAUAAUGACGCAUUACAGAUUAUUGUGCAGCAAAACAACACCUGGGUAAGCCAGCAGUUAUUUGUAAUGCCUCUCAUUCACGUCAUUCUCAGUUCACUGGCAUACCCUCUGCAGCAUGAUGCAGAAAGCCAGAGCCAGCCUCCGGCAUGUUUAUUAAAAUUAAUUAAAUUCAGAGUGGAUGUAAAACCAUUCUCUAAAUGUUUCUGUGAAAGCGAUCGAUUCCUUCUCUGAAAUGCUGAGUUGGCUAAAGAGUUAGGUGUGGAUUAAAUCAGAAACUUGCCAGAUGCCAGAGUUCUGUCAAAGACCAAUUUGUGGGUCGGUUUUAAAUAAGGCCACAAAAAAAUUGUUUCAGGGUGAUGUUUACAACCUCAGACCAACCACACAUGGAAAAGACCUUCCACUGAACCAGUACUGUGUAUAACCAUGUGUUGGUACAGGAGCCAAAUGGAAAACCCUGGAUUUACAGUCUCUUGGUAUAAUUUGAUGGUUGACUGCUAAAAAACCACAUGAAGAUGAAUUGUUUUAAAGUACUCUUGAACUUAAACAUACUUCUGACUCCUCUUGGAUGGCUGAUUCUGAUUAUUUUGAUUGGUAUCUGGGACAAAUUUGUUAAUACAGUGCAAAAUAUUUCCAUUGAACAAACUUUCUUGUUAAUUCUGAAUCAGGGAGCAUUCUCUAUGAGCACCACAAAGGUAUGGCAACAGAACUUGCGUGCCAAGCUAGCAAGUUUGCUAGAUAAUUUUAGAGAUGAACAAAAAUGAUGUUUGUUAGGGUAUUCUGACAGGAUUGGCUACUGAUAAAUGAAUCACAAUUAAUGACAUUUUUAAAUUGAGGCUAUGAUGCUGAAAUCCAACUUGUGCCUGGUACAAAUGAUAAACAUUGGUUAUUUAGCCACCUAGCUAAUUUAGCUAAUUUUAGUAAGGAACAUGAAUUGCGGUUAUGUGGUUAUUUACUGUUAAACAAAUCACUAAGAAUAUGACAGUUCAAAUUUUGUGAUACUGAAAAUCUACUCAUGUCUACCUGUGGAAAAAAGCUAGGUUGCUAGCUAGCAAACUAGUUAACUUAGUCAUGAACAAAAUUGUUGCUAUUUUUGAAAAGCUUGAUACUGUUAAUUAUAUUACUGAGAUUGUGACAAUGCAAAUUGACAGUGCAGUGCUGAAAUCUGACUUGCGUUUACAGGCGACAUAUUAGAGCUAGGUUAUUAGCUAUUAGUUUGCUAGUUGGCUAUUUUGUUAGGAUUUUAACUUCACUAUACAUAGAUCUUGGUUAUUUAUUUAUUUAUUUAUUUAAAUGAACUUUUAUUUUAUUUUUU